CCCUCCCCUCCUUCCCGAUCCCAGCCCCAGUCCCAAUGGCGUCCACCGCCGCGCCGCCCGCCGCCAUCGUCGCCCGCCGCGCCGCGUCUGCGUCCGUGGCCGCCGCGCCGCUCCGGCGCGCGGCCGGGUGCCAGCCGGCGCGCUCGCUGGCGUUCGCGGCCGGCGCCGACCCGCGCCUCGCGGUCCACGUCGCGUCGCGCUGCCGUGCCGCGUCCGCCGCGCGCGGGACCCGCGCCGUCGCCACCAUGGCCAAGAAGAGCGUCGGGGACCUCACCGCCGCCGACCUCGAGGGCAAGCGCGUGCUCGUGCGGGCCGACCUCAACGUGCCGCUCGACGACAACCAGAACAUCACCGACGAUACCCGCAUCCGCGCCGCCAUCCCCACCAUCAAGUACCUCCUCAGCAACGGCGCCAAGGUCAUCCUCACCAGCCACUUGGGUCGUCCUAAGGGUGUUACUCCUAAGUUUAGCUUGGCUCCCCUUGUGCCACGAUUAUCCGAGCUUCUUGGCAUUGAGGUGAAAAAAGCAGAAGAUGUUAUCGGCCCAGAAGUUGAAAAAUUGGUGGCUGACCUGGCAAAUGGUGCUGUUUUGCUCCUGGAAAACGUAAGAUUUUACAAGGAAGAGGAGAAGAAUGACCCAGAGUUUGCAAAGAAGCUUGCUUCACUGGCAGAUCUGUUUGUAAACGAUGCAUUCGGAACAGCCCACAGAGCACAUGCCUCGACUGAGGGAGUUACCAAGUUCUUGAAGCCUUCUGUUGCUGGAUUCCUUUUGCAGAAGGAACUUGACUACCUGGAUGGAGCUGUUUCAAACCCUAAGCGCCCAUUCGCUGCCAUUGUGGGUGGCUCAAAGGUGUCGUCCAAGAUUGGGGUUAUCGAAUCCCUGUUGGAGAAGUGUGAUAUCCUUCUUUUGGGUGGUGGUAUGAUCUUCACAUUUUACAAGGCACAAGGACUCUCAGUUGGUUCUUCCUUGGUUGAGGAAGAUAAACUUGAGCUGGCAACAUCUCUCCUUGCAAAGGCAAAGGCAAAGGGUGUCUCCCUUCUGUUGCCAUCUGACGUUAUCAUUGCUGAUAAGUUUGCUCCUGAUGCUAACAGUCAGACCGUCCCUGCAUCUGCAAUUCCUGAUGGUUGGAUGGGGCUGGACAUUGGCCCAGAUUCAGUCAAAACAUUUAAUGAUGCCCUGGACACAACACAGACAAUCAUUUGGAACGGACCAAUGGGUGUCUUUGAAUUUGACAAGUUUGCAGUAGGAACUGAGUCUAUUGCAAAGAAGUUGGCCGAGCUUAGCAAAAAGGGCGUUACAACUAUCAUUGGAGGCGGAGACUCCGUUGCGGCUGUUGAGAAGGUGGGAGUGGCUGAUGUUAUGAGCCACAUCUCAACUGGUGGUGGCGCCAGCUUGGAGUUGUUGGAAGGAAAGGAGCUUCCUGGAGUCGUUGCACUUGAUGAAGGUGUCAUGACGAGGUCGGUGUCCGUAUGAAGCUAAGCUUCAUUUUGUCGCAUCUUAAUUCCUUUCAUGUACCGUUUUAAACCUGCCAUGUUGUCCUCCCUCUUUUGCUCGUCUUCAACCACUCGAAAUGUAAGAGACCAAUGUUUUAUAGAGAAAUACUGGGAACUGUUUGAAUAACACCCCCCAGCAAUUUGUGCUCA